AUGGCGAUGAAUUCGUUGACCGUUGAACAAGUUCUAAAAGAGAAGAAGACCCAUGACCUCGAUUCCGUCAAGGACCUUGAUCUCGGCUGCAAAUCUCUCACCGACGUGUCUUGUUUGAGCAAGUUCAAAAACUUGGAGAAGCUCGAUCUUCGUUUCAACAAUCUCACUGAUCUCCAGGGACUCAAGUCUUGUGUGAAUUUGAAGUGGCUGUCGGUUGUGGAAAAUAAAUUGCAGAGCUUGAAUGGAAUUGAAGGAUUAACAAAGCUUACAGUGCUAAAUGCUGGAAAGAACAAGCUGAAAUCAAUGAAUGAGAUCUCUUCUCUUGUCAAUUUGCGAGCUUUGAUCUUGAACGACAAUGAAAUCUCCUCCAUUUGCAAGCUAGGUCUACUUAAAGACUUGAACAGUCUUGUGCUCUCUAGGAACCCAAUCACUGAGAUUGGUGACUCACUUUCAAAGCUGAAGAACCUCUCAAAAAUUUCUUUGUCUGACUGCAGGAUAAAAGCUAUUGGCUCUUCUCUCAAGUCUUGCUCCGAUUUGAAAGAGCUACGACUCGCCAACAAUGAAAUUCAGGCUCUACCAGCAGAACUUUCUCUGAACAAGAGACUACUGAAUUUAGAUGUGGGAAACAAUGUGAUCAGGAGUCUCUCUGGUUUGGAGGUUUUGGGGACACUAUCUUGCUUGAGGAACCUGAAUAUUCGAGGAAACCCAAUCUCUGAUAACGAGAAGUCAGCUAAGAAGGUGAGGAAGUUGCUGCCUCCAUCAGUGAAUGUAUUCAACGCUAAACCAUUGGAUAAAGGCUCCAAGAAUGAUAAACAUACCAGAUUUGACGCCGAUGAUGAAACUCUGAAGAGCGACCAGAGCAAAGAAGCAAAAAGCAAGAAGAGCUCCAAGAGAAACAAGUCAGAGGAAGAAGAAGAAGAAGCCAACAAUGAAGAGGAGCGCAAGAGCAAGAAGAAGAAGAAGUCUAAGAGUGAAUCAAAUUUGGAUCAAGCGCUAACAACAGAGAAGAAAGAAGAACGUAAGGAGAAGAAAAGACGGGGUAACAACGAUGAGGAUGCUGCUGAGAAGAAACAGAAGAGAGCUACACCAAAGGAGGAGCUUGAGGCUUUGGAUGAUACUGAAACCUCUUUCGCAGAACUCUUUUCCCGGGACAGUGUGUCAAAGGGUGGUGGCUCUGGAGACGGUAAUGAGAAGAAGAGAAGCGGCGCGAAAGAGACGGGUGUGGUGAGAGUGAUAGAUAACAAGAAGAAGAAGAAGAAAACGGGAAGUAACCAAAGCAAGAGUGUAGUGAGUGAGCUUCCCGGGGGAUUCGAGAUCGGGUUGGGAGGAGAAUCAAAGUGGGAUUAA